CUUGUGUGCGUGCGCACAGUCCUCACUGGGUGACGUCAUGCUCGCCUCUCAUUUGUGCCUGUCACAGGUCUCACCUGGGCGUAGCGUCGCAUGCGCAGAACGGACCGGGACUCUGAUCACUUCCUGGUUUGGAGUCUCCGGUCCUCUCUCACCAUGACAGAGGGCUCCGCGGAGCCUCCCCCCUGCCCCGGGGCCCGGCGCCGCCGGCUGCUGCUGUCACUGCCCAAUGUGUUCCCAGGACGAAGUCGCUCUGUCCCCGAGCCUCCGGCACCGUCUCCCCCGCCAUCACCUCCCUCCCCGACGGCGGUGCCGGCCCCGGUGCCACCCUCAUCCCCAGGAGGCCAGGACUCCCUCCUCGAGUGCCCACUGUGCCUAAUACGUCAGCCCCCGGAGGAGCUGCCCGAGAUACUGAGCUGCCGGCACCGCUCCUGCCUACGCUGCCUGCGCCAGUAUUUGCGGAUUGAGAUCACCGAGAGCCGGGUGAACCUGCGGUGUCCAGAGUGCGCCGAACGGCUCAGCCCCCAGCAUGUCCGGGCCAUCCUGCGCGACCCCCCGCUCACCCGAAAGUACGAGGAGUUCCUGCUGCGUCGCUGCCUGGCUGCCGACCCGGACUGCAGAUGGUGCCCUGCCCCGGACUGCGGUUAUGCAGUGAUUGCGUAUGGGUGUGCCAGCUGCCCCAGGCUGACUUGUGAAAGAGAAGGCUGCCAAACAGAAUUUUGUUACCACUGCAAACAUGUGUGGCACCCAAAUCAAACCUGUGACAUGGCACGUCAGCAGCGGGCACCAUCAUUCGGUGUGCGACGAAAACACCCCUCUGGGAUCAGCUAUGGCCAAGAGUCUGGUUCAGCUGAUGAUAUGAAAUCCUGCCCCCGAUGCAGUGCUUACAUCAUCAAGAUGAAUGAUGGGAGCUGUAAUCACAUGACCUGUGCAGUGUGCGGCUGUGAAUUCUGUUGGCUGUGUAUGAAGGAGAUCUCAGACCUCCACUACCUCAGCCCCUCAGGGUGUACAUUUUGGGGUAAAAAGCCAUGGAGCAGGAAGAAGAAAAUCAUCUGGCAAUUGGGCACUCUGAUUGGAGCUCCAGUUGGCAUAUCCUUAAUUGCUGGAAUUGCCAUUCCUGCUAUGGUCAUUGGGAUCCCAGUUUACGUGGGAAGAAAGAUCCAUGGCCGCUUUGAGAACAAAAAAACUUCUAAACACAAGAAGAAUUUGGCUGUGACAGGAGGUGUUAUUUUGUCUGUAAUUGCAUCUCCUGUAGUUGCAGCAGUCAGUGUCGGGAUCGGUGUUCCCAUCAUGCUGGCUUAUGUGUAUGGAGUGGUACCAGUAUCAUUGUGCCGAGGAGGAGGCUGUGGCGUUAGCACAGCUAAUGGCAAAGGAGUGAAAAUUGACUUUGAAGAAGAUGGACCAAUCACCGUGGCAGAUGCAUGGCGGGCCCUGAAGAACCCAAGCAUUGGGGAAAGUAGCAUGGAGGGUCUGACUAGUGUCCUGAGCACAAGUGGAAGCCCCACAGAUGGAUUAAGUGUUUUGCAGGGAAACUACAGUGAAACUGCCAGCUUUGCUGCUCUCUCUGGGGGUACCUUAACAGGUGGCACAUUAACUGGCGGCAUGCUGAGUGGAGGCAGAGCCAAAUACUGCAGGUUGGAAGUUCAGGCAGAUGUCCAGAAAGACACAUGCCAGAAGGACUCUGUUAGUCUGGGAGCAGUCAGUGAUAGUGCCAGCACAAGAGCCAUGGCUGGCUCAAUCAUCAGCUCGUACAACCCACAGGAAAGGGAGGUCAAUAACCUGGAAAUUCAAGUUCACAUAGAGGCCAAACCUUCCCGAUACCAGUUGAUGAGCGAGAGCAGCACUGAGGAAUCGCUUCAUGCUGCAGCCCCUCUUGUGGAAGGGGAGGAAGAUGAUGCUUACAGAGGCCAAAUAGCUCCUCGUGACAUUACGCUAGCUCAACCCGAGAGCAUUCGCAGUGACUUGGAAAGUUCCGAUGCGCAAUCUGAUGAUGUGCCUGACCUGGCAUCCGAGGAGUAUGAUUCCCCCCAUCUUCUCCCACCAUCUCCUCCUGAACAGCGUCAUGAAAGCCCCCCACCACGCAUGUGUGCACACCAAGAAGGUCUGUGUGCACGAGAGGGGGGCCUCUCCAAACUGGAAUUCAUAGAAGUGAGAGUCUGAAGAAAGCAGCUUCUACCGUCAUUAGAGUUUCCAACUUUUCUUUCUUCUUUUCCCAGGAAGGGAAAUUCGUUACACUGCUAUAAGUGGACAGGGCCAAUCAAUGCACCCUCCUGCUGUGCUCCAUAAAUGCUUUGUCUUGGACCUUUAUAUUCUAUUUUGCCCGUCACUGUGAAAGGCCUGUGUCUCGCUCCUGUAAAUUCCUUUAAUUUAUUGACUUUGACUGGAUGUAUAGAGAAUUAAUUUUGGUUUUGUGGAACAUUUACAAAGGGAUUUGGUGAAUCAGAUUUUUUUUUUUUUUUUCCUUUGUAAGGAAUUGUUGAUAAAAAUAAAACUUCUUAAAAAUCUUUUAA